UUUUAUAUUAGAAAAGCAAAAAAAAAAAAAAAAUAACGAAAGAAAGAAAAGAAACGUCGAAGACGAGUGAAAAAACUGCACUGUAGUUUUCGGUCGAAACGGGAAAAAAGUACACGGAAUAUAUAUAUUUUUUUCACAUCGAUAUAGCGCGACUUAAGAGUUGGAAACAAAGUUGUCGGGAAAAAAGUUUCGCUCUUUCCCUUUUUUGUUUUUUCGUUUGUAACUGUGUAUGUGUAGCGAGGCGACAUUACCAGCCCAAAAUUUCAGCUUGGACUGGUGAAACGUAAUUAUUUCCAUUCGAAAUUUACUGGACUGAGAGACGAUAUACACAUACAUACACAAAACACACCCAUCCAUAAUAGACCGUGAAGGGGUGAUCCGUUGUGAUUGUGAUCGGAGAGAAAAAGAGUACCGGAAGUGCAGACCAAAAAGUGUACGAUAGAACACACUGAGCAACAGGCAAUUGUAGCAACAACAACAACAAAAACGAUCAUCAUUGGCACAACAUUCAUUUAUUGAAUUUGAAUUAUUGAACAAGUGGAAAUUGAAUUAAAGAAAAGAAAGACAAAAAGAUGCGUGAAUAUAAAAUUGUCGUUCUGGGUAGUGGUGGUGUUGGCAAAUCAGCGCUCACAGUGCAAUUUGUUCAAGGAAUUUUUGUAGAGAAAUACGAUCCAACCAUCGAGGACAGCUACCGGAAGCAAGUCGAAGUUGAUGGACAACAAUGCAUGCUCGAAAUACUGGAUACAGCCGGAACGGAACAAUUCACAGCAAUGCGUGACUUGUACAUGAAAAAUGGCCAGGGAUUUGUUUUAGUGUAUUCAAUUACCGCACAAUCAACAUUUAAUGAUUUGCAAGAUCUAAGGGAACAAAUAUUGCGUGUCAAAGAUACCGAUGAUGUGCCGAUGGUACUGGUAGGCAACAAAUGCGAUUUAGAAGAAGAACGAGUGGUCGGCAAGGAUUUGGGAAAAGGUUUAGCCAAUCAAUUCAAUUGUGCUUUUAUGGAAACAUCAGCCAAAGCUAAAAUUAAUGUUAACGAUAUAUUUUAUGACUUAGUGAGACAAAUAAAUAAGAAAUCACCGGAAAAGAAGCAGAAGCAGAAGAAAAAAACGUUGUGUGUGAUUUUAUAAAUUGUAAUUGCUGCAAGACGAGAAAACAAAACAAAACACAAACACACACAAAUGAAGUCACAUAUUAACCAUCAACCACAAAACAAACACAUGCAUUACACAUAAAAUCUCAUUCAGAAAAAGAAACCACAUACAAAUUUAAAAAAAGAGAAUCCACAACACAAAAUUUAAAAUAAAUUGGAUGAAAUACAAAUCAUAAUAAAAUAACAUGAUCAUAAAAAAUUACAAAGAAAAAGAAGAAUUAAAAAAACACACAAUUUUUAAGCUAAAUAAGAAGAAAAAAAUUCGAAAAGUGAAAACUCAAAUGGAUUCACACACUGUAAAGCCAAUCACACAGAUUAACAAAAAAACCAAGAGAGAGAAAUUACAAACAGAAAAAGUUAAAUAAAAUCGUCAAAUUGACUAAAAAAAUGAGAUAAAGGGAGAAAUUUAGAACCAAUUCAUGGGCAGGAGGAACAAUGUGAAAAAAAAAGAUUUUAUGAAUAGAAAUAUAUUGUAAUUAUGUGUAGUAAAAAAAAGAAAGCACACUACUCAAUCAAAUCACAAACAAAAUUUAUGGAAAAAGAUGUCAUAAUCGGUGUGUGUAAAAUGUGAACAAAACUACAAGCGCUUAAAAGCCGCAAACGUCAAAUUUGAAACAAAAAAAGUAAGGAAAAACACGUUUUUGAUUUAUUCAACGAAAUACCGUCAGUGAGUAAAAUCAAGUAUUACGCCUUUUUUCGCUACAACCACCAUUUUUGAUCGCAUAGCAAUUCCAAACUGUCUAUUAUUUGUUUCCGCUUAUAAUUUCAUUCAAAACCAAAUCGAAAAAAGGAGUAAGGCUUUAACUCAGAGUUUUCAACGAAUCACGCCACAUCUCCACUCUGACCUGAGCAAAAUUUUCAAUCUUUUGUGAAAAGAGAAAAGAAUCUAGUGAAUACGUUUCGAAACAGUUUUUUUUUGUUCCUUUUCAUAGGCGUUUGUAUUCAAAAUUGUGUUCGUUUCAUCGAGAUUAUUUGAAUUUUCAAAUGAAACUCAUUGGUUUGUUGAUAACUCUGUUUUACAUAUAGAUAUAUAUAUAAUAUAAUCGUUUCGUGAGAUUUCCCCGUUAAAUAAGAUGAUACAAAAACGAUGAAUUUUUUACAAUUUAUGUGUAUAACAUACACAUGCAUCAAAAUUUAUUAACAUUUUCUUCUGUCUCCAUAUGUUCAAGUCUUUUAUUUUACGUCUUGUUUUGUAUUUUAAAUUUUUUCAUUUUUUGAUUUGAACAUUUGUCGACCGAUUCAAUUUUAAUUCAUCGCAACUACCGAAUUAUUUUCCAUACCCAGAGACAGUAUCAAUGAGAUUUUGGCUGAUAAAUUCGUGCAAUUUUCGUUUUAAAACGCGCACAAAAACAUAAUGCGAAUGCAAAUACGUGCAACAACAAAAAAAAUGUUUUAUUUCACUCGCACAUUUGUAUGCGCAUUUCGAUGCACUUGUAUCAUACAUUUUCAUGUAGUUCAUUUUAUUCCCUCUCAUCAUCCCGGUGACCAAAAGACACACACACACACACACAUCCACAACACCAUACAAUGACUUCAAAAGACAAAAACAAUAACAACAACAACAAUGUAACUAAUCAAACAAAGAAGAG